AUCCUGAAAAACAGAAAAUGCAUUUUGAAACCCUUGUUGGCAGGGGUGGGGCUGCAUUUCCCAUCCAUGAAAUGCACUAACCACAGCCUCUCGGUGCUGGCUGGCGGUGGCAUCCCGCCCACCUUUCAAUUCACCUCAACCUCCACUGGCAACACCCUUGUUUUUCCAGUUUGGAACUUGCUAAAGUAAAAAAAAAAAAGUGUCAACUGACCCGAAGUCUUAAUAGAAGCAUUUGAUGUGGGCGUACUCUACAGAGACACUCAAGACUUUACUGAUGAACACUCAGAAGAUAAAGAGUUAUAACAACUAAACUAAGACAUUAAAAGGAAAAUACCAGACGCUACUCCGCAGGUUGCCUUAACUGCCAAUUAAUGGAUACAUUUAAAUCCUCCUGAAUCAACAAAACAACCAGGUAGCUAAGAAGAAACACAAGCCAUGGACAACCUCACCUCUGUGGCUGGGAAUGGCAGCCUGUGCACCAGAGAUUACAAAAUCACCCAGGUCCUCUUCCCGCUCCUCUAUACCGUCCUCUUUUUUGUUGGACUCAUCAUAAACAGCCUGGCAAUGAGGAUUUUCUUUCAAAUCCGCAGUAAAUCCAACUUUAUUAUUUUUCUUAAGAACACAGUCAUUUCUGAUCUUCUCAUGAUUCUGACUUUUCCAUUCAAAAUCCUCAGUGAUACCAAGCUGGGAACGGGACCACUGAGAACCUUUGUAUGCCAAGUGACCUCUGUCAUAUUUUAUUUUACAAUGUACAUUAGUAUUUCAUUCCUGGGACUGAUAACUAUUGAUCGUUACCAGAAAACCACCAGGCCAUUUAAGACAUCCAAUCCCAACAAUCUCUUGGGGGCUAAGAUUCUCUCCGUUGUAAUCUGGGCAUUCAUGUUCUUGAUCUCUUUGCCCAACAUGAUUCUGACCAACAGGAGGCCAAGAGAAAAGAAUGUGAAGAAAUGCUCGUUCCUCAAAUCGGAGUUUGGUCUGGUCUGGCAUGAAAUAGUCAAUUACAUCUGUCAAGUCAUUUUCUGGAUUAAUUUUUUAAUUGUCAUUGUAUGUUAUACACUUAUUACAAAAGAACUGUACAGGUCAUAUGUCAGAACAAGGGGUGUAGGCAAAGUUCCUAGGAAGAAGGUAAACAUCAAAGUUUUCAUUAUCAUUGCUGUGUUUUUUAUUUGUUUUGUUCCUUUCCAUUUUGCCCGCAUUCCCUAUACCCUGAGCCAGACCAGGGAUGUCUUUGACUGCUCUGCUGAAAAUACUCUGUUCUAUGUUAAAGAGAGCACCCUUUGGUUAACUUCCUUAAAUGCAUGCCUGGAUCCAUUCAUCUACUUUUUCCUUUGCAAGUCCUUCAAAAACUCCUUAAUGAGUAUGCUGAAGUGCCCCAAUUCUGCAACAUCUCUAUCUCAAGAAAACAGGAAAAAAGAACAGGAUGGUGGUGACCCAAGUGAAGAGACUCCAAUGUAAACCAAAUGAGGUAAUAUUUCAAUCUGUAAGUGGUUGGAAUACACAAAAGGAAAACACUGUGUAAAAAUACUGGCUAAACAGUAAGCUGAGUCAGUAACAAUGACUCUUUAAACAAGUAGUAGAAAACUACAGAAGUAAUUUUCAUUUACUUUUCCAGUAUGAAAAAGCUAUCUUAAAAUACAGAAAAGAAACCUAACAUAGAGAUAUGGGUAGCAAAACAAACUGUAUCUAAUUACCACGGUUACAAGCCAAACUACAGAGAACUCAUGAUUUGUAGAGUGUUGGCAAAAUGGGUAACCAUAUAAUAUCUACUGUAAUCCUUUAAAUACGUUACUGAGCACAAUGUUAUUAUCAAGUUAUAGUCAACUAAGGGAGAAUGAUAAAUCUGAUAAAAAAUCUUCUGACCAAAAAUUAUACUAAGAUGUAUAUACAUCCGAGACCGUAACCAAAUGCUCAUCUACUGUGAUACUCAUUAUAAAGAUUUAAGUGGGACACACAAAGAAUAGUUACUACUAACUUCUAAUUAUUAGCAAAAAUCUUAGGAAAUUUAAACUAAUUGAAAUGGUAAUUGGACUGAUUUUUUUAAAUUUUCAUUAAGAAGAUAGAGGUUUAAAAAUACCUUUCCAAUAAAGGAGCAGAAAUAGCAAAGUUAUUAAAAUGGUUACUUUUAUGACAUUCUAAAACCAAAAAAUCCUGAGUAUUUCCUUAAUACUAGAGAAACCAGUUUUAUUAAUAUUUUGACAAUUUUACUCAGUACAGUACCACCAUUGCCACUUACCUUUAUUAACUAGCUUCUAGAAAUUAAGUACUACUUGGGUUAAUGAAUAUUUCCUUUAAUGAGAAAAACAAAUGUGAUUAUGCGGUUGCAAAGCAUAACUAGUAACAGAAAAGUAGUUAAAAUGUUUGUAAUUACUGGUUUGUCAUUUGUGU